AUGUCCGACGCGAUAAACGCGUCCUCGUUAUCACCCUCAAUGAGCACUCGAAAGCGACCUCGAUCACACGAAAACGAUGAGAAUAUCCCUCCCACGACUCCCGUAAAUGCGAAACCUAUGAAAUUCAUCGACUGCUCUGCUCCCAAGAAGCCUCGUUUGUCCGCCAAAAAUGGGCGCCAUUUCACCCCACAGGAUAUUCAAAACAUGCGGGAAUCGUAUGCCCAGCAAGCUCCGACACGGGUUAUGAAGGAAAAGGAACAGAAAGCUGCUGCUGCUGCGCGAGGGGCUGAAAUAGAGGCUGGACAAGCGACAGACCGAGUUGAACAGGCCUGGAGUCUCCUACGCCCUCUCUUCCCCUCCAUGCACGACUUCUUACGCGAACUACUCACUACACGUCAUCCUGUCCGAUCUUCUCAAGUAUCCAAUCUACUUACCUUUCAUGGACACGACCUCUUGAAUCUCAUACGUGACCGACAUCCUUCUGUUGCAAAUGAUUGGGCUCUCAGCACGGCAAGGCAGCUCGUGUCAUCGGAUGUUUCAAGCCUGCCCCAGGGACACCAGUCUCUGACAUCUUACAUCUCUUUGCGAGAGGUUCUCUCUGAUGCUGAGAUUCUUGCACCCACACUCUUCCAGAUACUCCAACAGGCUUGUGGAAUGCUAUCCACAUCACAAGAUCAGCCUUCUCGCAAACACCCAGAUCUUGUUCUCGCCACCACGCUAUGUAUGCUUGCAAAAGCACGAAAUGAUCACGCGAGCGACUUUCCGACAACCAUGUGCAUGUAUUUUCUUGCAUGCGGCACGUCACACUCAGUUUUCGACGUUCUCAACCAUGCAGGGGUCACGUUCUCAUACACUCAGGCCGUCGCAAAGAUCAAGCAGCUCGGAAGAGAACGUCUCACGAUGAUGCGAGAGAUUGCUCGGUCACGAGCGUUCAUGGUCAUCUGGGACAAUCUUAACAUUGCCUUCAAGGUUAGCGAGCAGCGUCACGACGCCAAGGAUCAUUUUGAUAACGGAACUACUGCGACUCUCCUUCCACUAUACGACGUUGAUUUCGGUGGACUUCCACUCGAACUUUUACCCUCCCGUGACUGUCGCAUUCCCGUCCUCAAGUUUGGGGCCAAAGAUCUUCUCCCAACUAGUGAAGAAGCUCAGCGCGUCAAGGCCGGACAACUUUCGCAUAUCCAAGACAUUCUAUAUGAAGCUUUCCCAUCUCUCCGUAAACGUUUGAAGGACAAGAUCCCCCCAGCUCCCACAGUUCUCCAGAUCCCCGUUCACAAGACGGAGCAAUAUCCCCUUCCUGCUAUGCAUAUUGACGAGUCCAGCUUUCGUAAUGUCGGAGCUUAA